CCUUCGUAUAUUUCCAUACAUCUUCUUUUCAUCCCCUCGUCCCCUUGUCCAUCUGUCUGCAUUUGCACAUGACAUAGUCUCAAUGCCAUCAUACUGCCUCCAAGACUGCCACUACUUCUACCGCACAGCCCUACGCCUCCUGUCAAUCCCCACCGUCCUCGCUAGUCCCUACGCCUGAUUUAACUUCUCUGGAAACGUUGAACACAUCUAACAUCAUGUCUUACUCCUCAAUGGCAGUCCGAUUCUUCACAGCCCCCAAACCACUCGGUGAUUCCAUGGACACCGACUCAAACAAAAGAUCCGGGUCUGACCCUCAAGGCCACACGGUCAUGAGACCAAAUGUCCCUACUGAGCAGCCCUCCUCUGAGGUUGCUGAGCCCCAUACCCCUAAGAGCCAGGGCUUGACUUUCGCAAAUCAGGAUUCGCUGCCUAAGCUUCCUAUUCCCGAUCUGGAGGAUACCUGUCGUCGGUACAUAGAUACUCUGCAAGGCUUGCAGAGCCCGCGUGACCAUGAAGAGACCAAGGCCGCUGUUCGGGACUUUUUAAAGACCGAUGGUCCUCUUCUGCAAGAACGGCUUAAGACGUACGCUGGUUCAAAGACAAGUUAUAUCGAGCAAUUUUGGUAUGAUUCUUACUUGAAUUUCGAUAAUCCCGUUGUUUUGAAUCUCAAUCCAUUUUUCCUUUUGGAGGACGACCCAACUCCCGCCAGAAAUCACCAAGUGACUCGAGCUGCAUCGCUGGUAAUCUCAUCAUUGGCAUUUGUUCGAGCUGUGCGUCGGGAGGAGUUGCCCCCUGAUACCGUGCGAGGAACACCUCUUUGCAUGUAUCAGUACUCGCGCCUUUUUGGAACGGCACGUCUGCCUACCGAUAAUGGCUGUGUCAUUAGCCAGGACCCUUCGGCCAAACACAUGGUUGUUAUGUGUCGGGGACAGUUCUACUGGUUUGACGUCUUGGAUGACAACAGCGAUUUGAUCAUGAGUGAGAAGGAUAUCUCGCUUAACCUGCAGGCAAUCAUUGAGGAUGCGGCUCAAACCCCGCUUCAUGAGGCUGCGAAGGGUGCUUUGGGUGUACUCAGCACAGAGAAUCGGAAAGUUUGGUCGGGGCUACGCGAUAUCAUGACGAAAGAUUCCAGAUCUAAUAAUGCGGAGUGUUUGAACAUCGUCGAUACCGCGCUUUUUGUCCUAUGUUUGGACGGCACAGAGCCAUCCACCACGUCCGAGCUUUGUGCUAACAUGCUCUGUGGCACAAGUGAAGUCGUGAAGGGCGUCCAGGUUGGAACUUGCACCAACCGGUGGUACGACAAGCUGCAAAUCAUCGUCUGCGAAAAUGGUAGUGCCGGUAUCAACUUCGAGCAUACCGGUGUGGAUGGCCACACAGUGCUACGCUUUGCCAGCGACGUGUACACCGACACGAUCCUCCGCUUCGCAAAGACCAUCAACGGUCAAUCCCCAAGCCUAUGGGCAACUAGCAGUCCCGACCCAGCGAAGCGCGACCCGCAAAGUUUUGGAAACGUGAGCACGACACCGCGCAAACUAGAAUGGGACAUGACACCCGAGCUUAACAUCGCGCUCCGCUUCGCUGAAUCCCACCUCUCCGACCUGCUCUGCCAGCACGAAUUCCAAGUCCUGGACUUCGAAGGCUUCGGCAAGAACUUCAUAACCUCAAUGGGGUUCUCCCCAGACGCAUUCAUCCAGAUGGCCUUCCAAGCCGCGUACUACGGCCUCUAUGGCCGAGUUGAAAACACCUACGAACCAGCCAUGACAAAGAUGUUCCUACACGGACGCACGGAAGCCGUGCGCACCGUAACACCCCAAUGCAUAGACUUUGUCACAGCAUUCUGGGGUGAGAACGCCGCCGAACAAAAAGUCGACGCUCUCCGCGUCGCAUGCAAAAAGCACACAGAGGCCACGAAGGAAUGUUCAAAGGGUCAAGGCCCAGACCGCCACCUCUACGCUCUCUACUGCCUCUGGCAGCGCUCCUUCGACGAAAGCAUCUUCCCGGACACCAGCUCAACAGGCGGAUACUCCAGCCCCGGCGAAACACAAUCCCAAACCCAAAGCCAGGGCCCCGAAUCACCAAAACUCUCCUCUUCCUCCCCUUCAGACGACGGCCUCUCCUCGCCAGGAAGCAGCACACGCGCCUACCGCACAACAUCCGCGCCGACCCCCGCUAUCUUCGCCGACCCCGGCUGGGACAAAAUCAACAACAGCGUGCUAUCGACCUCGAACUGCGGGAACCCUUGUCUGCGACACUUCGGCUUCGGUCCUACAUCCGCCGACGGUUUCGGCAUUGGAUAUAUUAUUAAGGAUGACUCGAUCUCGAUCUGCGCGAGCUCCAAGCACAGACAGACCUCGCGACUUAUGCACACGCUUGAGUCGUAUCUGUUUGAGAUUCGGAAGCUGUUGCGCGCGACGAAUCGCAAGCCGACAAGUCCGCGUACCAGUCGUGCGAGAGAGACUGAGGCACUCGCGGAGAGCUUGCAGUCUGAGUCGCAUCGACGUGGUCGGCUUGUACGAGGUGGGGGUGGGCAAGGUGCUGAGACGCCUACUUCGGCUGCCGAGAGUAGCUUUAUGGAGGAUGAUGGGAUGGGCGGAUAUGGCUUCUUUGAUGCUGGUAUGCUUCUUCAUGCGCUUAAGGGUCUCAAUGCGGAACGGGAACAACGCGGCGAGAAGCCUGCUAGGCGGAGAUUUGUGGGGAAGAAGCUUCAUCUUAAUGAGCACUUCACAACCACCCCCCGCACCGCCAGUUAUGCGGACACGCUACCAAACCUCAAGAUUGGCGCACAUACCAGAGUAUUAUUCCAGGGAUUUACAGGAAGACAAGCGACUGCCAAUGUCAAGGAAUCUCUUGAAUGGGGCACUAAAAUCGUGGGAGGCGUUAAGCCUGGUGUUGAAGGUGAACAUCUAGGACUACCAGUCUUCCCAUCUGUCAAAGCGUUGAUUGACAAGCACUACCAGGCCCAAGAACAGGCAAAACCCGAUGCAUCCGCGAUUUAUGUUCCGGGAAACCAAACCGCUAAAGCCAUUGAAGAAGCCAUUGAAGCGGAAAUCCCACUCGUCGUAGCUGUGGCGGAACAUGUACCGAUCCACGAUAUCCUUCGGAUCCACUCCAUGCUCCAAACACAGUCUAAGACCCGUCUAGUGGGCGCAAACUGCCCAGGCAUUAUAUCCGCCAUUGGCAAAUGCAGAAUCGGCUUCCAGCCAUUACCUUGCUUCGCGCCGGGAAAUGUCGGUAUCGUGGCUAAGUCUGGGACAUUGAGCUAUGAGACUGUGGCGUCAACGACUCGCGCUGGGCUUGGUCAGAGUCUUUGUAUUAGUAUGGGCGGUGAUGUGUUGGCUGGAACGAACUUUGUCGAUGCUCUCACUCUCUUCGAGAAUGAUCCUGAUACUCGGGGUAUUAUCCUCGUUGGUGAGAUUGGGGGUACGGCGGAGAUGGAUGCUGCUGAGUGGAUUAAGGAUUACCGACGGAGGACUGUGGAUCCCAAGCCCAUUAUGGCCCUUGUUGGAGGACUGGAAGCACCCCCUGGGCGCAUUAUGGGACAUGCUGGUGCCUGGGCUGCGCCUGGGGAACCAGACGCAGAAACCAAGUAUCAAGCGCUUGAACGUGCUGGCGCGGUUAUGGUUAACCAUCCCGAGAAGUUCGGCGAAGGGAUGAAGACUUUGUUCGCGAAUCAGUCUAGCCGGCCGGGUACAAAUCCACUUUCUGGGACUAGCUCACAAAAACGCGGGUUUCAUACUAUGAGACGAGUUACGCCAGUCUCGAGACGGAUCGCUGAACACAAGCGUAAUCUAUACAUCAAGCAGUUCCAAGCAUUCGAUAUCCUCAAGCAGAAAUCUAUCCCUGUGAAUGAGGCGGCUUCCAGUUUUGAUGGUUCUAUUUCUGUUUCCAUUACAGUCGACAGAACAGCUUUAUCCCCAUGCAUUAUUGCUUCGCCGACAUCCGACUUUAACACAGCUCAGUCGCAGAAAUUUCCAUUUCCUUACGCUCAGACGGAAUUCGAAAGCUCAGUCAUCGCUACUGUUGCCUCCCAUUUGAGUCUUCCACCUUCUACACACAAGCAGCUUGCAGGAAUUGUGCAAGCCCUUUGGGAAAUUUACAAGGAGAAGGAAGCCUUUACACUAGAGACACACAUUGGCAUCUCCGCUGAUGGUACUUUGGAAAUCUACGGUGCGCGUUUCGGCUUCGACGAUGCUGCAUUCCGCAGCUCGGGUCGACAGGAAGAUAUCCACAAACUUCGAAAUAAAUCAGAAGAAGUCCCGGAGGAAGUUGAAGCCGAAAAGGACGGAAUUGUUUACGUCAAGUUGGAAGGCGAAGGCAGCAUUGGCACACUUGUCAAUGGAGCCGGCCUUGCCAUGAACACAGUUGACGCCCUCACUAUCCACGGUGGCCACUGCGCAAACUUCCUUGACACCGGUGGCAAAGCUACUUCGGAGACUGUCAAGGCUUCAUUCCGUGUGAUUUGCUCUGACACGCGCGUCAAGGCUGUCUUUGUUAAUAUCUUCGGCGGACUGACUCGCUGCGACAUGAUUGCUGAGGGCAUUAUCUUGGCUUUCAGGGACUUGAGUAUGAAGGUUCCUGUGGUUGUGAGACUGCGAGGCACGAAUGAGGAAUUAGGUCAGAAAAUGAUCGCGGAAAGUGGCCUGCCUUUGCAUGCAUUUGAUGGAUUUGAGGAGGCUGCAAAGAAGGUUAUUGCAUUGGCUAAAGGCCAAUAA